AUGAUAACUCCCGACCCUAAUCAGCAGUCGCUCCAAGAUGAGAUAAUUGCCCUUGAACGGCGCCUCCUAGAGGCCAAGUCUCGGCUGAAUGUAAAUGGCGUGGAUCGGCCGCUCUCACUCACCGAGAGUAGCAAUGGAGCACUUCACACGCUUCUCCUCCUCGCCGAUUCCGCCCUUCCGCUGGGUUCAUUUGCCUUCAGCAGCGGACUCGAAUCGUAUCUAGCGCACCACCGCCCAUCUCCGCCUUCCGCAUCCCAGGUCCCUUCCUUCCACAGAUUUCUCCACCUCUCACUGUCCUCGCUCGCCAGCACCGCCCUCCCAUACACACUAGCGGCCUACCGACACCCGGAACUCAUAAAUGAUCUGGACAACGACUUUGAUGCAAGCACACCUUGCACCGUAGCCCGCCGCGCCAGCGUCGCCCAAGGAAGAGCCCUGCUGUCCGUCUGGGACCGCAGCUUCAAGUCACACUAUGCGUCCUCCGCACUGUCGAACAAUUCCAACGUAGAGAUCGACGCCUCGAUCGCCUUCCAAGACCUGCUGCGCAACCCACCCCCUGGCCCACCCGAGUCCCAGCCAAACGCGCACCUCGCGCCGCUCUGGGGCCUCCUGACACGCAUCCUCGGCCUCCCGCUCCACGAGUCGGCGUACCUAUUCUUGUUCUCGCACGUCCGCACCGUUACGAGUGCCGCUGUUCGCGCGAGCGUGCUGGGACCGUACCAGGCGCAGGCGGUGUUAGCGAGCGGGGAGCUGAGGGAGAAGAUUCAGGCGCUUGUGGGGGAGAUGUGGGAUGUGAAGGUGGAAGAUGCCGGGCUGAGCGUCCCGGUUAUGGAUCUUUGGGUUGGGAGGCAUGAGAUGCUCUAUAGUCGGAUCUUUAACUCGUAA